AUGGCGCUGCGCGCUCGGGCGCUGUACGACUUCCGAUCGGAGAACCCGGGCGAGAUCUCGCUGCGGGAACACGAGGUGCUGAGCCUGUGCAGCGAGCAGGACAUCGAGGGCUGGCUCGAGGGCGUCAACAGCCGCGGCGACCGCGGCCUCUUCCCGGCCUCGUACGUGCAGGUGAUCCGCGCUCCGGAGCCGAGUCCGGCGGGCGACAGCGGCCCCGGCGUCCCUGCCCGCUACGCCAACGUGCCGCCCGGCGGCUUCGAACCCCUGCCCGCCGUGCCGCCCGCCUCCUUCAAGCCCGACGCCUUCCAGCCGCUGCUGCAGCAGCCGCAGCAGACGGCGCCGCCGCCGAGCACCUUCCAGCCCCAGUGCGCGGGCUUCCCGUACGGCGGGGCCGCUCUGCAGCCGGCGCCCCAGCCGCUCUAUGGCGGUGGCGGCUACCAGGCCAGCCAGGGCAGCGACGACGACUGGGACGACGAGUGGGACGACAGCUCCACGGUGGCCGACGAGCCGGGCGUGCUGGGCAGCGGCGCGUACCCGGACCUCGACGGCUCGUCCUCGGGGGUCGGCGCGGCGGGGCGCUACCGCCUGUCCACGCGCUCGGACCUGUCGCUGGGCUCCCGCGGCAGCUCCGCGCCCCAGCACCAUCUGCAGCACCACCCGUCGGGGGCCAAGAGCUCGGCCACGGUGAGCCGCAACCUGAACCGCUUCUCCACCUUCGUCAAGUCGGGCGGGGAGGCUUUCGUGCUGGGCGAGGCGUCGGGCUUCGUCAAGGACGGGGACAAGCUGUGCGUGGUUCUGGGGCCCUACGGCCCCGAGUGGCAGGAAAACCCCUACCCCUUCCAGUGCACCAUCGACGACCCCACCAAGCAGACCAAGUUCAAAGGCAUGAAGAGCUAUAUCUCCUACAAGCUGGUGCCCACCCACACACAGGUGCCGGUGCACCGGCGCUACAAGCACUUUGACUGGCUGUACGCGCGCCUGGCCGAAAAGUUCCCGGUCAUCUCGGUGCCCCACCUGCCAGAGAAGCAGGCCACGGGCCGCUUCGAGGAGGACUUCAUCUCCAAGCGCAGGAAGGGCCUGAUCUGGUGGAUGAAUCACAUGGCCAGCCACCCGGUGCUGGCGCAGUGCGACGUCUUCCAGCACUUCCUCACGUGCCCCAGCAGCACCGACGAGAAGGCCUGGAAACAGGGCAAGAGGAAGGCCGAGAAGGACGAGAUGGUGGGUGCCAACUUCUUCCUGACCCUGAGCACGCCCCCCGCCGCCGCCCUUGACCUACAGGAGGUGGAGAGCAAGAUCGACGGAUUCAAGAGCUUCACCAAGAAGAUGGAUGACAGCGCGCUGCAACUCAACCACACGGCCAACGAGUUUGCGCGCAAGCAGGUGACCGGCUUCAAGAAGGAGUAUCAGAAGGUGGGCCAGUCCUUCCGUGGCCUCAGCCAGGCUUUCGAGCUGGACCAGCAGGCCUUCUCCGCCGGCCUGAAUCAGGCCAUCGCCUUCACCGGAGAUGCCUACGACGCCAUCGGCGAGCUCUUCGCUGACCAGCCCAGGCAGGACCUGGACCCGGUCAUGGACCUGUUAGCGCUCUAUCAGGGGCAUCUGGCCAACUUCCCGGACAUCAUCCACGUUCAGAAAGGAGCUCUUACCAAAGUCAAGGAGAGUCGGCGGCAUGUGGAGGAGGGCAAGAUGGAGGUCCAAAAGGCAGAUGGCAUUCAGGAUCGCUGUAACACCAUCUCUUUCGCCACUUUGGCGGAAAUUCACCACUUCCAUCAAAUUCGAGUAAGAGACUUUAAAUCACAGAUGCAGCAUUUCUUACAACAACAGAUAAUAUUUUUCCAAAAGGUGACCCAGAAGUUGGAAGAAGCUCUUCACAAAUAUGAUAGCGUAUAAUGACUGAACAUUGGAUUGUGGACUUCUUUCAGUUCGAGGAUAAUUUCGACAGCAGAAUAGAAACUGUUGUCAAAGAGCUAUUGCCAACUAUCAGUGGUGGUACAAGGAUAGGUUUUGUGUUCAACUGAAGCCCAGCUGAAUAUAUAAUGAUGUAGGAAAGAAACAGUUAAUAGGCUAUGUAAUAGAAACAGUACCACACAUUGUAACUAAAUUAUACUAUGUAUGCCUACACUACCAUUGUAACUUUUGGAAUAAUGAUUAUACUGUUUGCCUUAUUGCUUUUUGAA